UCCAAAAUUCAAACUUCUAGAAAACAAGAAAAAAGCAAAAAAAGAAGAAGAUCCCCAAACGAUAGAGGGAAAUCCUUUCCAAUGCAAAUAGACAAUCUUCAAGAACUUCUCCACCACUCUCCUCCCCAAAAUGCCCCCAAUCCAACCCCAAAACCCCCUCCAACUCCCCACCUUGAAAUGCACUCUAGGCUGUCCGAUCCUGGACCGCCUCCUCGACGGUGGGAUCCCCACCAAUUCCAUCACCGAGCUCGUCUCCGAAGCCGGCUGCGGCAAGACCCAGCUCUCCCUUCAGCUCCUCCUCUGCGCCCAGCUCCCACUCUCCCGAGGCGGCCUCUCCGCCUCCUCUCUAUACAUCCACACCGAAUUCCCAUUCCCCUUCCGUCGCCUUCACCAGCUCUCACUCUCCUUCCGAUCACCUGACGAUUCAUCAGACCCAUGUGAUCGAAUCUUCGUCCACGCCGCCCACUCUGCCGACGACCUCCUUGCUCUCUUAGACCGUGUCGAUGCGCUCCUCUCCAACCUGCAUUCCCCACUACCACCCGUCAAGCUGAUCGUGAUUGACUCGAUCGCUGCGCUCUUCCGGUCUGAAUUUGAGAACUGCCCAAGUGAUCUGAAACGGAGGUCGUCUCUGUUUUUUAGGAUCGCUGGGAAGCUGAAGGUGCAGGCGGAGAGGUUCGGGCUUGCGGUCGUCGUGACAAACCAGGUCAUGGAUUUGGUAGGCGGGGAUGAGGUGAAUGGAUUGAAGGUUGGGAAUUUUUUGGAGCUUUAUUCAUCUGGGAGGCGGGUUUGUCCAGCUCUUGGGAUUUCAUGGGCGAAUUGUGUGAAUUCGAGGGUGUUCUUGUCGAGGAGUGAUGAGGUUUGGAAUGCGGACUCUGGUUCGGAGAAUCAGGAAGAAUUGGGUGGUUGUGUUCGGACAAGGAGGAGAAUGCAGGUUGUUUUUGCACCCCAUUUACCAGAAUCGUCUUGUGAGUUUGUGAUUGUGAGAGAAGGGGUGUUUGGGGUGGGUUGAUUGCAUUGUUGGGAGAUUUGGAGUUUGCAUUUCUGUAUUUAAAUGGGGUUGAAAAAAGAAGAAAUGGCUGUAGAAAAUUGAAGCAUGUGAGUUUGAUCAUUCCAAGUUUUGCCUACAUUGGGUUUUUCGGUUUGGUUUUUCAACUUCAGCGAUUCGUCAACACGAAAUCAUUGGAGGCAAUUCUGUUCAGAGAAUUUCCUUUUCUUUCUUUAAAAUGCUCAGUAUCUGUAAAUAUUGUAGAAUGGUAAGCAAAAUUUUGGUUUUUUGUAGCUGUUCCAGUGAGCAAUUUUUUUUAAUUUUUUUUUCUGACUAUGAUUUUGAUUGGAUCAGGAAGGGAUGAAUAACAUGUCCAUCGAUCUUGUCCAUGGAUGGCCCACCAGUGAAAAGGUCUCACUGGAUAAACCAAUCUGUUCUUGCCAUCAUUUUUUCCUAUCAAAUUUUGA